AUGCUAUCGGAGCUGCAGGGGGCCCCCCAGGGGCCCCUCCCGGAGGGCCCCUUUGGGGGCCCCCCUUCUCCCCAGCAGUCGGUGGCGAGCCCCGGGGUGGGGGGGGCCCCCCCGGGGGCCCCCCUCCCCACGCCUCCCCACACCCCCCUGAAGGAGGGGCCCCCUCUGGGGGCCCCCCCUGCAGAGGGCGAGGCCGCCCCGGGCUUGGGGGCCCCCCCGGGGGGCCCCCCGGCCACGGCGCCGGGCUCGCCCGAGGGGCCCCUCUGGCCGGGAGGGGGGCCCCCGGAGAGCCCCCCGGGGGCCUCGGGGGCCCCCGACGCAGAGGGGGCCCCCCAAUGUGAGGGGGGGCCCCCCGACAGCUCGGAGCCCCGAACCCCCACUGCGGGGAGCCGCCUGGGGUCCGGGGAGGGGCCCCCCUUGUCUUUCUUUUUGCCGCGUCCGGGGGCCCCCCUGGACCCUGGCAGCCCCUCCCUAGGCGACCCCCUGGGGGCCCCCCUCUUGGGGGCCGCCUUCACUUCUUCUGUUCUUUCCGAGGGGCCCCCAUGGCAGGAGGGCCCCCGCCUGGGUCCAGACCCUCUUAAGGCCUCCCCGCUGGACCUCGCGGGGGCCCUUUACCGCCUCACGCUGGGGGGGGCCCCCCCGGCCCUCAAUGAGCAGCAGCAACAGCAGCAGCAGCAGCAGCAGCAGCAGGUGCUGCUGGCGCCGCAGCCGCAAACCGCAGCAGCAGCAGCAGCAGAGGGCCCCAAUGCUCGCCACGGGUCAUUCCUAUCUGCUGCUUCCACCGCAGCCUCUGCUAGCAGGGGGCCCCCCCUGGACUCUGGGGAGGAGGGGGGCCCCCCUGAGGCCCCAGAAAGGUUCCCUUUGCAGUAUCCGGGGCCCCCCUGGCCUAUCGCAGCUCAAGCGCAGCAGCAGCAGCAGCAGCAGCAGCAGCUGCUGCUGCUGCAGCAGCAGCAGUGGGUCUCAGCCGCUGCGGAGCAGUACCUCACCAUACCCUCUCUUACUUGGCAAGAGCCCUUCGGGGGGCCCCCCAGUGGGCCCCUCAAGGACCCGCUGAAGGGGGGGGCCCCCCUAAGCAUGCGUCUGUGUGGGGCCUUCCCGCAGCAGCAGGGCGCAGCAGCAGCAGCAGCUGCUGCUGCUGCUGCUGAACCUUCUUUGCUGCAGCGGCAAACCCUCCCCAGGGGCCCCCAACCCAUUGCUGAGAGGUCCUCGCUGCAGCAAAGCUCCGCCUGGGGCCCCCAGGGCCCCCAGAGGCCCCAGGGGCCCCAGGGCCCCCGCGGGGCCCCCAGCAGCAGCGGCAUCAGUCCGCAGCUGCUGCUGCAGCAAGCCGCUUUUCAGAACGCAGCGCCGUUUCCUGCUGCUCCUGCUGCAGCAGCAGCAACAACUGCUGCUGUUGCUGCUGCUGCGGGAGGCCUGAGGGGCCCAAGCCCCAAACUCGAGGUCCCCAUGCUGCAUGCAGCCCGCGGAAGCAACAGAGACAACUCCGGCGUGGGUACUGUUUUGAGGUCCCCUGGGGGCCCCCUGGGGCCCUCGGGGGGCCCCCUGGAGGGCCCCCAGUGGGCCUCCAAAGACUUCAGUGCCCUCCUGAGGUGCUACCUUGAGCUGCACCCCCAGCCGCAGCAGCAGCAGCAGCGGCACUUUCCGAGAGGCCUUCGAAGGCAGCGAGGGCAUAGGGGGCCCCCCAGGGCCCCACAGGGAGCAGUUGCUGCUGCGCAGCAGCGGAGGGGCCCCCGGUGGCCGUCCUUCGCAGGAUUUCAGCAGCAGCAGCAGCAGCAGCAGCAGCAGCAGCAGUUGCUGCUGCGUGCUGCAGCAGCAGCGGAGAGGGCCCCCAGCAUCAAUAUGGAAAUGGCUGCACUUGUGGCAUCGCCGGGCUCCGAGGGGGCCCCCUUGGGGGGCCCCCAGUACCCUCCAGCAUUCCGAGGGGCCCUUCGCGUGGGCCCACCAGCAGGGACAGCGUUGAAGUCUGCUGCUGCACCUAAUGUGGAGGCACUUGCUGCAGCAGCAGCAGCAGCAGCAGCAGCAGCAACUCAGGGGCCUCCGGGGCUGGGGGUCGCAAGCCCCCAAAGCAUUCUCUUAGGGGCGCCCCCGGCCUGGCAGAGCGCCGCCGUAUCGCAGAGCCGUUUCAAUUAG